AUGGAGUGCAGGCCAUUAGAGAUCACGGUUACCUCAGCCAAAGAUCUCAAAGAUGUCAAUGUUUUUGGCAAGAUGGAUGUCUAUUGUAUUGUUUCCAUCAAAGGAGAUCCAUAUAAAUCUAAGCAGAAACAGCAAACCCACGUUCAUAAAGAUUCUGGGCCUAACCCUCUUUGGAAUUUCCCUAUGAAAUUCACCAUUGAUGAAGCUGCUUCUCAACAAAAUCGCUUAAAGAUCAAGUUUAAGCUUAGAGCUGAGCGGAUGAUGGGUGAUAAAGAUGUCGGUGUCGUCGUCGUGCCUGUCAAGGAAUUACUGGAUGCAAAAGAUAGAAAAGGUCUCUUGAGUUACGCUGUCAAGACCCCAGCUGGGAAGAUGAAAGGAACGUUGAAUUUCUCGUUUAGUCUCGGCGAGAAAUUCAAUGCUCCUGCGUCGGCGAAGGCGAAAAAGAUGGAGGAGCACGUUGCUGCUUACCCUGCAAUGGGAUAUCAUGCUGCUGAGAAAAAGAAGGGUGAGCCUGUCACUGCCUACCCGGCGAUGGGAUAUCAGGCUGCUCCAUAUCCAGGUUCAAGUUCCGCUUACGCAGCGCCACCGCCUUACGCGGCAGGGGAUAAGCAUCAGGCUCCCUAUCCGUAUCCUUAUCAGUAUCAGUAUCCUCCACAACCACCCCAACAUGGUUAUGGUGGGUACCCACCUGCACCCGGACAUGGGUAUCCGAGUUACCCACCACAAGCCGGGUAUGGUGGGUAUCCACCUGUGAUGCAGCCGCAGAAGCCUAAGAAGAGUGGUAAAGGAAACAUGGCUUUGGGAUUGGGAGCUGGAUUGCUUGGUGGACUGCUGGUUGGUGAUAUGAUUUCUGAUGUUGGGGAGAUGGCUGCUUAUGAUGAUGGCUUUGAUGGUGGAUUUGAUUUUUAG